AAGUUGGUUCCCCACUCAUAAAACAGAGGAAAGCCCCCCCCUCUUUCUUGUCUUUUUCCUUUGUUGCUGCCACUACUGUGCACUGAUCGUCGGUCUUCAACAGGUAAAGCUAAACACAAGAUCUGUAACCAAUCUCAGAUGUUGUCGUUAGCUUUGGUUUUAAUCCCUGUGAAUAUCAGUCUAUGCUUCAUGUUGGGGGUUUCAAUUUGAACUCAAGGGUAUCUCUUCAUAUCACACAUCCAACAUAUUAAGCUUGUUACGAUUAUUACUUGUUAAUGCGUUCGCUUAUUUCCUAUAUGCUGGUUCUAAGAAUUAUUUUGCUUUUGAGAUGAUGUGUGAGCAAAAGAUUUGGCUUUCCAGUUUUCUGGUGGUGUAAGGCUUAGUCAACUGGUGAUAAAUGCUGUUCUGAGUUCUGACCACGCCCCAAUUGGGAUUUUAAGUUUCUGUUUUAGGCUUUUUUGUAUCAGCAUCUUUGAGAAUUAGGGUUUGUGUUUGUGUUCCAGUAAUGAAUAGUUCGGGUUUAGGUGGUGGUUUUCUGUCUGGUCCCAAUGGGGGGAUUUUGGACUUGGAAUCUCCAUUUCAUAGACACCAACAGACUCAAUUGGGCCAUCCAUCAAUAGCUGGUCAACAGCACAUGAAUAUGAUGGGUGGUCUCGAAAAUGAUCACCCCAUUGGCUUGAUUGAAGUGAAAAGUUUGAAUGCGGCGUUGAAUUUUGGUAAAGGGAAGGCAAUUGCUCCUUCUAAUCCUGCCAACAGUAAUGAGUUGAGCGAGGAUGAUGAGCCUAGCUAUGCAGAAGAAGGGAAUUGUGAGAACCUGGACGGUGGGAAGAGCAAGAAGGGAUCUCCUUGGCAGCGAAUGAAGUGGACAGACAAUGUGGUUAGGCUUCUCAUAACAGUGGUGAGUUGUGUGGGUGAUGAUGGCACAAUUGGUGGCAUGGAUGGUCAUAAAAGGAAAUCAGGGGUUUUACAAAAGAAGGGCAAGUGGAAAACGGUCUCCAGGAUAAUGAUAGGCAAGGGUUGCCAUGUAUCACCGCAGCAGUGUGAGGACAAGUUCAAUGACUUAAAUAAGAGAUACAAGAGGUUAAAUGACAUACUUGGAAGGGGAACUUGUUGUCAAGUGGUUGAGAAUCCUGUGCUGAUGGAUUCAAUGCCUAACUUGUCAGCUAAGAUGAAGGAUGAUGUUAGGAAGAUAUUGAGCUCAAAACACUUGUUUUAUAAGGAGAUGUGUGCCUACCAUAAUGGGCAAAGAAUACCAAAUAGCCAUGAUCUCGACUUGCAAGGUUAUUCUAUGGAGCAUGGGAGGGACUCGAGAGAUAAUAAUGGAUCUGAGGACGAAGAUGAGGAUAACAAUGAAACCGAUGAUGAUGAGUUGGAUGAUGAAAUUAAUGUUAAUGCACACGAGGAUGGAGGGAGGAUGCAGGAGCUCUGUGAUAGAAAUAAAUUAAUUGAGGAGGAUGGCCAUUUUGGCCCACAAACUUCUCGGAUGGAUAAAUUCGAGGUUGAAAUGGCAAGGGUUUUUCAAGACCCCACAAAGUCAUCACGGGAACGAAGAGAGUGGAUUAAGAUCCAGAUGUUGCAGCUUCAAGAGCAAAAUAUCAGCUACCAAGCCCAAGCAUUUGAACUUGAGAAACAACGGCUUAAGUGGUUAAGAUACUGCAGCAAGAAGGACAGGGAGCUGGAGAGGAUGCGGUUGGAGAACAAAAGAAUGAAAUUGGAAAACGAGCGCAGGAUCUUGAAACUGAAGCAGAAGGAGCUCGAGACAGAUUUCAGUACAUCUGAGAUGUCUUUAGACCCUGCCUCUCUUGGAAUCAACCGGCCACAACCACAAGGGAGAGAACCUAUCAGCUUAGGCAGACAACAGUAGCUCCUUCUCAGAAAGGAUCUGUCAUUAUUGCUUAAAUGAGUGCUGUGGCGUUAGCAAACUGAGCCAAGAAGCCAAAAUUCAUUUUGAAUGUGAAGAAAUAAAUGUUUUGCUCAACCAGUCGCUUUACCUCAUUUAGUCGUUAUAUGAUAUUAUGAUGGCAUGUGGGGUUUGUCAGUGACACACAAGUAGGAGGAUAUUGCUCUAAGGCACUUGAGCUCUUAUUGGUCAUCAAUUCAUCAUUGGUGUGGUUUUAACUUGUCUUUAGUCAACUCAAUUGUGACUGCUAUAUUUGUAGCCACGUACCACAUGCGUGAUUUAAUUUUUGGCUUUGCAUCUGUAUAUUAUACACACAAAUAAUGGUGCAAACUCUGGGGAAAAAGGUUACCAGCAUCUCUGGGCAAAUGUCACCGACUUUCUUGUAAAUUUUUUUGGUACAGACUUUGUUGUAACCUUGUUACAUUAAGAAGCUACGUUUAGUAUGCAUAACUCAUUUUUUAGCUAUGUAUUUGCGAAGCACCUUCGUGAAAGCUUUCAAAGUAGUCUUUGAAAAGUUCA